AGGAUGCUGAACGUCCCUUCCCAGGCUUUCCCUGCCCCCGGCUCGCAACAGCGCGCCGCCUCCGGGGGGCGCAGUAAGGUACCUUUAAAACAAGGCAGAAGUCUUAUGGAUUGGAUUCGACUGACCAAAAGUGGAAAGGAUCUCACAGGACUGAAAGGAAGAUUAAUUGAAGUAACUGAAGAGGAGCUUAUAAAACACAACAAAAAAGAUGAUUGUUGGGUAUGCAUAAGAGGACUUGUUUAUAAUGUUAGUCCAUAUAUGGAAUAUCAUCCAGGUGGGGAAGAUGAACUGAUGCGAGCAGCAGGUUCAGAUGGUACAGACCUUUUUGAUCAGGUACAUCGUUGGGUCAAUUAUGAAUCUAUGCUGAAAGAAUGUCUUGUUGGCAGAAUGGCUGUUAAGCCUGUUGCUGUUGCUAAAGGUUAUAAAAAUCAUGAGAAGAAACUUUUAAAUGGCAUACUUCUCAAAAGCCAAGUAUCAGAUUUACCUGCCAAAGAAAUUUCUCCAAGCUAUGAUUGGUUCCAAACAGAAUCCUUAGUCACCAUUGUCAUAUAUACCAAACAGAAGGAUAUGGAUUCAGAGUCUGUAAUAGUUGACUAUCAAGAUGGUUCCUUUAGAGCAGAAAUUAUCAUCAAGGAUUAUUCAUAUCUUCUACAUACUGAGUUGAGCCAUGAAAUUCAAGAGGACAUUACUGUGCGUGUUGCAGAAAAAACGGGUAAAGUAGAGAUUGUUCUGAAGAAAAAAGAUAAUAUCUCUUGGAAGUAUCUUGGACAUCCCCUGGAGAAUCAUAAUUCAUUUACUGCACACAGAGAUACAGGGCUGUACUAUAGAAAGUGCCAGCUAAUUUCCAAGGUGGAUGUUACCCAUGAUACCAAACUUUACUGCUUGAUGCUGCCACCAGGUACUCAUCUUCAGGUGCCCAUUGGGCAACAUGUUUACCUCAGGCAAACUGUUGCAGGUACAGAAAUAGUGAAGCCCUAUACACCUGUAUUGGAUUCCUUAAACUUGGAUUUACAGGAACCACUUCAUCCUCACAACAGAUAUAUCUAUUUUAUGAUUAAAAUUUAUCACACUGGACUUUUCACACCACAUUUUGAUUGUCUUCAAAUAGGAGAUUGUGUUUCUUUGAGUAGUCCUGAGGGCAACUUUAAAAAAUCUCAGCUCCAAGAAUUAGAAGAACUCUUCUUAUUGGCAGCUGGAACAGGCUUCACACCAAUGGUUAAAAUACUGAAUUAUGCUUUGACUAACAUAACCAGUCUCAGGAAAGUGAAGCUGAUGUUCUUCAACAAGACAGAAGGAGAUAUACUCUGGAGGAAUCAAUUGGAGCAGUUAGCAGACAAGGAAAAAAGAUUUGAAGUUGAAUUUAUUCUCUCAGAGCCCACCAGUGAAUGGACAGGCAAACAGGGAAGAAUUUCUUUAGCUCUUCUUUCGGGGUUUGUGAAAAGAAGCUUAGAAAACUCUAGAGUCCUCGUCUGCAUUUGUGGGCCAGAACCAUUCACAGAACAAGGAAUACGGUUGCUGAAGGAUCUUAACUUUUCUAAAGAAGAGGUCCAUAGUUUUACUGCAUAG